UUUAAGUUGGCCCUUCUACCACGGAAAGGAGGGAGAGGGAGGCCAAAGCCCCCAAGAAACACCAGAAGGCGGGCCCUGCAAGGGACCUCUGUCCUUCCUGGGGAAAUCCAGUCUUGUUCAGUUGCCUGCGGUGACAAAUAGGAGUCAAGGAAGUUGGACAGUUGUGGAUGAGCCCGUUGAUGGGACGAUAAUUUAGUGAGCACCUACUAUGUGCCAAGCAUGCCGCCCUUGGCGGACAAAGUCUUUGCACUCACAGAACUUAUGUUCUUGUGGAGAGACAAGCAGUAAAGAAGCAAGAAGAAACGUAUCAGCUGGUGACGAUGCGGCUGAUGUCCCAGGAGAGGGGCCACUUGCUCAACUCCUCCAGGACAGCGAUGGACGAGCCAGCAUCCCAACCAGGCCCAUGGACUCCCAGAUAUGGAUGCAGAGAGAGAAGCCCUGCAGAGCACGGCCUUCCCCGAAGUAAACCUUCUGCCAAAAGCAUGGGCUGAUGUUUGAGGUUGUUGAUCUGAGGUGGGGUAUUCGGAACACUGAGGCCACUGACCACAUGACCACAGAACUCUGCUUGGAGGAGCUCGACCGGUGUCGGAAAACAUCCAUAGGGCCCGCUUUUGUUGCCCUCUUAGGCGACCAAUACGGCCCCUGUCCAGUCCCCACACUGAUCGAGGAGAAGGAGUGGGAGGCUCUGAGAGCCCAGCUGACCUCCAGGCCACGUGACCUGGAGCUGGUGGUUCGACGCUUCCGGAGGGAUGAGAACGCUGUGCCCCCCACCUACCUGCUGCAGGCGCUAGGGACCGUGGAGGGCCACGGGCCCGAAGAGGCCACCCUGACCUCUGUGCUGCGCUCCGGAGCCCAGGAGGCCCGGAGGCUGGGCCUCAUCACCCAGGAGCAGUGGCACCGCUACUACUGGUCAGUCAUUGAAUGGGAGAUAGACCGGGGCCUGCUGAGCUUGACAGACGGAGACCAGGGGGCGACCGUCUUCUUGAGAGAGAUCCAGGACCUCCACAAACACAUCCUGGAAGACUGUGCCCUCAAGAUGGUAGACCGGCUCGCAGAUGGCUGCCUGGACACGGAUGCCCAGAACCUUCUCAGUGGCCUCAAGGGACGCAUUGCCGACAUGCAACCCGGAGUCCUCAAGGCCCACCACCUGCCAUGGAGCCGAGACCUGGUGAACCCCCAAAACAAGGCUCAUGCUCAGUACCUGAAGGAGCUGGGGGAGCAGUUUGUGGCCAGGGCUAACCACCAGGUCCUUGAGCACCUCCAGGAGCUGGAGGUGGGCCGGCGGGAGCUGGCAUGGCUCUACCAGGAGAUCCGCCACCACCUGGGGCUGAGUGCCGAGGCCACCCGGACCUUUUGCGGGCGCCAGGAGCUCCUGGCCCAGCUGGCGCAGCGGCUCCGGCAGAGUGACAGCUGUCCACACUCACCCGUGGUGCUUUUUGGACCCCCAGGCAUCGGAAAGACAGCUCUGAUGUGCAAGCUGGCAGAGCAAAUGCCGAGACUGCUUGGCCGCAAGACGGUGACCAUCCUGCGGCUUCUGGGGAUGUCACAGAUGAGCUCCAAUGCCCGGGGCCUGCUCCAGAGCAUCUGCUUCCAGCUGUGCCUGGCCUACGGGCUGCCCCUGCCCCCGGCCCAGGUCCUGGAGGCCCAUGCCAGGGUGGUCCAGUUUUUCCACACCCUCCUCCACACUGUCUCCUGCCGAAACUUCGAGUCCCUGGUGAUCCUGUUGGACUCCCUGGAUGAUGUGGAUUCCAUCUGCUGCGGCCGGAGGGUCCCCUGGCUGCCUCCCAAAUGCCCGCCGAGGGUCCACCUCAUCCUUUCAGCCUGCUCAGGGUGGCGGGGGAUUCUAGACACCAUGCGACAGACGCUGACGGACCCAGAGGCCUACUGGGAGGUGAAACCCCUUUCCGGAAACCAAGGGCAAGAGAUGAUCCAGCUUCUGCUGGCAGCCUCGAGGAGGACGCUAAGCCCAGAGCAGAGGGAAUUGCUCUGGGCCAGCCUCCCAGAGUGUGGGAACCCAGGACGGCUGAGGCUGGCCUUCGAGGAGGCCCGGAAAUGGGCCUCCUUCACCAUACCUGCCCCUCUGGCCUCCACCGCUAAGGAAGCAAUGCACCAACUGUGUGCCCGCCUGGAGCAGACACACGGGCAGCUCCUGGUGGCCCACGUGCUGGGCUACGUCGUGUCUUCCCGGCAUGGGCUCUCAGAGGCAGAGCUGAAGGACAUCCUGUCCCUGGACGACGAGGUCCUGCAGGCUGUGUACCGGGACUGGACCCCGCCCAGCAAGGAGCUGUUGCGUUUCCCACCCCUGCUGUGGGUGAGGCUCCGCCGGGAUCUGGGCCACUGCUUGGCCCGGCGGCCCGUGGAUGGCUUCACGCUGCUGGCCAUCGCCCACAGGCAGCUGGCCGAGGUGGUCCAAGAGCGCUACCUGUCCGGGCCCGAGAGAGCCAAGAGGCACGGAGUCUUAGCUGACUUCUUCUCAGGGGCCUGGAGCCAGGGCACGAAGAAACUCAUCACUCUGCCGCUGGUGGGGAAGCCCCUGAACCUGGACCGCAAGGUGGCCCCUCAGCCCCUGUGGUUCUCAGACACGGUGGCAAAUCUGCGGAAGCUGAAGGAGUUGCCCCAUCACCUGGUCCACUCAGGCCGCAUCGAAGAGCUGAAACAGGAGGUUCUGGGCAGCAUGAACUGGAUUUCCUGCCGGGGCGUCUCUGGGGGCAUCGAGGGCCUGUUGGAUGACUUUGACUUGUAUGGCCCUCACCUGGACUGUCCUGAGGUCAGCCUGGUCCGGGACGCCCUCCAGCUGUGCCGCCCGGCUGUGGAGCUCCGAGGCAUGGAGAGGAGCAUCCUAUAUACAGAACUCCUGGCCCGACUCCAUUUCUUCGCCACCUCACAUCCAGCCCUGGUGGGACAGCUGUGCCAACAGGCCCAGAGCUGGUUCCGGGUGUGCCCCCACCCUGUGCUCAUACCCCUCGGGGGAUUCCUCCAGCCCCCGGGGGGACCCCUCCGGGCAACCGUCACAGGCUGUCACAAGGGCAUCACUGCCAUGGCGUGGAGCCUGGAGGAGAGGCUGCUGGUUGUUGGCACCCAGGACGGCUUUGUUGCUGUGUGGGACAUGGAAGAGCAGCAGGUGAUCCACAUCCUAACUGGACACACAGGAGAGGUGAGGUAUGUGAAAGUGUUUGCCAAAGGGACGCUCGCCCUCUCUGCCUCAAAGGACCGCACACUGCGCUUGUGGGAUUUACUCUCUGGGCAGGAGAAAUUCACCAUUUGGGACAGAGGCUCAAAAGAUCGCACUGAGAUCUGCAGUCUUCACAUGGAUGAAGCAAAGAAAGUUGUGUAUUUGGCAUCUGGCUCAAAGGUCAGUGCUUGGAAUCUGGCAACUGCAGAGCUGGUUUUCCGUAUCUUGGGAGACGCGUCUGACCACUGGAUGUGCACAGGGGCGCUGGCUUCCCAGGCCACGCUGCUGACCAUGUCUGAGGCUGGUGUGGUCAGUCUGUGGAGCUCAGCCACAGGAAAACUACAGGGGAGGCAACAUUUAUCCAGCGUCAGAGAAGAAACACCUACCUGUGGGGUCUCGGUCCAGAAGCAAGGCAAGCUGGUGGCCGGGUUUAGCAAGGGCUCCAUCUCUUUGGUUUCCCCCGAAGGAGACAGCCUGCUGGAGAAGCUUCCGGAAACCGUGAGGUUCCUUGUACUCUCUGAAGACGAGUCCCUUCUUGCUGCAGGGUUUGGAAGAUCUGUGCGGAUAUUCUUGGCCGACUCACAGGGGUUUCAUCGAUUCAUGGCCACCGACCUUGAACAUGAGGACACAGUGGAGACAGCCGGUUUUGGUCCUGAGAACAAUCUGAUUAUUACUGGGUCCCGGGACGCACUCAUUCAGGUGUGGAGUCUGUCGGAACAGGGGACCCUGCUGGACGUUCUGGAAGGCGUCGGGGCCCCCGUGAGCCUGCUGGCCUGGAGUGGGGCCUUGGUGGCAUCUGCUUCCCAGCAGUCCUCGUCUUUCAAAGUCUGGGAUCUCACCUACAUUCAGAAGCCAAGGGCCUGCACCCCAUUUCUGGACCGCACCGGCCUCACUGCCGUGUCACACGAUGGAGACUACGUUUACUUCCCCAAGAUUGGGGACAAGAACAAAGUCACCAUUUGGGAUUCGGCGGAAGGGGAAGAGCAAGAUGCCCUGGACACCUCCAGUGAGGUCAGGUGUCUGGAGGUUGCCCAGCAGGCCAAUCUCCUUUUCACCGGCCUCGUUUCGGGGGUCGUCCUGGUGUUCCCCUUGAGUUCCAGACAGGACGUGAUGUGCAUCCCCCCUCCCGAGGCCCGGAAAGCCAUCAGAUGCAUGGCCCUAAGUAAAGGCGAGGAGCGCCUGGCCAUCGCCUAUGACAGCAUCGUCCUGGUGCUGGACAUCAGCCCUGGGGAUCCCUGUCCCGUCAUCAACGGGCCGACCUACACCUUCUACACCCAGCUGCCUGAGACCAUAUCCAGCGUGGCCGUGCUGGCCGACUACCGCGUGAUCUACGGCAUGACCAAUGGUGACCUCUUCCUUUACGAGUGUGCGAACUCCAAAGUGUUCCCUCUGGAGGCCCACGGGAGCCAGGUCACCUGCAUGCAGGUCAGCCACAAGGAGCAGCUCGUGGUCAGUGGUUCCGAGGAAGCCCUGCUGUGUCUCUGGGACCUGCAGGCCUGCAAGUGGAGAUUCCAGAUGAGCUACAUGAAUUCUUACUGUAGAGGAGUCCAGUGUGUCUGCUUCUCCAUGGACGACAGGUAUGUGUAUGCAGGCUUGAAGGAUCGCUCCAUCAUCGUCUGGAGUGUGCUAGACGGCACCCUGCUGGCUGUCCAGUUUGUCCACGCUAUGGUGAACAGGAUCAUCCCAACUUCCAAUGGCUUCAUCGCCCCCACUAGACAUGGCUAUCUCAUCCGCCAGCGUUUCCAGUGCCCUUCGUCGAGAACGUCACAGCAGGACCCUCUCAAGAACUUCAAGAAGGCAGUGUGGAAGGUCAAAUCCAGACAGAGAGAAGAGCUAGCAGCUGCUGCAGGAACACUCCAGGACUUGAGAUCAGCAAGUACCCAGGGAAAUGAGUGCAAAUCAAACAAACACUCGCAAGUCUGCCUGCUAGUGUAGAACCCGCCAAUGGGGGCAUGGGACUCCAGUGAGUUAGCCCCAUUCAAUCUGGCUGAUGCAAAAAGUAUGUAUGUGUUGAUGUAUAUCUGGACCCAAAGCCUCAGAUUAUAUGACUCAGACCCUGUUUCUUGCCACCCUUCCAUUCUUCUCUCCUUGUUGGCUGCAGUCAAAGACUGGCUACCCCCAGGUUAGGAAUAUGACAGCCAAGGUCAGUAGAAAAGAGACCUUCUCCUUGCCAGCAGACUGAAUCAAAGUGCUGGCCCUGAUUCUGUUGGCCCCAGUGGGCUCCUGCACCUGUCUCUGGGAGAAUGCAGUGCGGUGAUUGGCCAGCCUGACCCAGGGCACACCAGGGCUGAGGAUGGAGUCAAUACCACCCACCCAUGUUGCCAGAGAAUGGGAGAGGCUAAUCCCAGGAGGGGAACUGGGGGCGGGGGUACAAGGCAAAGGGAGGAUGGGUGGAUGUGGGACUGAUCAAACCACAGAUGUGGACCAUAGAGCUUUAUAAUUUUAAAGCCUCAGGUGCUAUUGUCUGAUCCUUGUCACAGCCUAUAGUUCAGGGAGGGCAGGAGUUUCUGCAUCCAUUUUGCAGACAAGAAAACUGAGCCUUGGUAGGUAGCUGUGAUUUGCUCAAGCUCACAAGCCUGAGGUGCAAGAGCUCUGGGAAAAGAGAGCCAGGAGAUAUCCUGUCCCCAUCCUGUUGGACCACCUCCCUCUAAUUUUAGUCUCAGAAGCAUGACCAUUCCACAGGUGACACACUCCAAUGCCCACGGGGGCCGGCGAGUAACCUAGAUGAUUGCCGUGCACCAGAGAGCAGCAGAGAAUGAUGGAGACCAUGGGUCAUGUGGAGGAUGCGUGCUCUGCCCUGGGUGGACAUGGGCACCCUGACUCUAACUCAGAAUAGCCACAGGGAAAAACAGCAAGAGCUCCUUCUUGUUGUAAGCAAAGCCAGAAACCCAGACUUUUAUGCAAAAUGUUCCCAUUUUUUUUAAAGUUGGCGAUUGGCUCAGAUUUACAUCCACAGGCACAUUUAGCCUGUGUGUCUCUAGAUCAGGAGCUGAUGACUGUCAUGACUUCAUGACACAAGCCAGCGUGAAAACAAUAAACCUGUUUUAGUUCUUCCAUCCCUUCUCCCUGGCUCCCAAACUUUGAGGAUAAAGAUGCUCUUUUAUCUCAAAACCUGGAGGCUCUUGGAAGUGGACAGAAAAACCUAGCGACAUCUCUUUGCUGAGCUUUUGGACCAUCUCCGCUCUCCCCAAGUUCAAAAGAGGAGCUGUUUCUGUUCCACUAAAAUGGAUCUUGCUUCUUUGCAUGCAGCCUUCCAAAAGCCCCCACUUGCUUCUGGGGCUUUCGCUAUAAAGAUAGGAAAGUCCAAACUUCAAGGUGCUAUUCCCUCUCCCCUUUGUUGGAUUCCAGAGAGUUUCAGAAAAAGCAACCUUAGAAACAGAGGCUUUGAAGCUAGGUGUGACCCUAUUGACUGUCUUCUUCAGUCAUUUCCCAAACUAGGGUUCCACGGGGGGCUUUGGCAGUUCUGCAGACACUAGCAUCAAAUUCCAUUUCGAAAAAAUAUUUUAAACUGGAAUUUUAAAAUGCAUGGCCAGCUGGGUGAGGCAGCAGGUUUUAAGGUGUUGGAGAUAACUAACUUGGGAUUCUCCUUCGUUUAACUAAGAUUUUGAUGGGAGCCCAACUACUCUUUGCCACCACUUUUCUGUGAACCAGGGGCUUUGCCCAAUGCAGAAACAAAGUGGAUGUUGUAACAGAGUAAGAUUUCAGCUACAACUUUGAGUUUAAAAUGUGUGUGUCCGUCUCAACAACCUCAGUGAGAAUCCAUUGCUUGUACGUAAAUACUACUUUGAAUGUAGGAGAGAAAUUUUACUAAUAAAAUGCAAC